GGAGGCGCUCUGUUCUCCUCUCGUUCGUUCUCACUUCCAGUUCCGGUUCCUCAGCUGGUGGGAAGAAGAUGCCGUACGCCAACCAGCCCACCGUCCGAAUCACGGAGCUUACUGAUGAAAACGUUAAAUUCGUGGUGGAAAACACCGACCUGGCAAUAGCCAACUCCAUCCGACGUGUGUUUAUAGCUGAGGUGCCCACCAUUGCUAUUGACUGGGUGCAGAUAGACGCCAACUCCUCCGUCCUCCAUGAUGAAUUUAUAGCACACAGAGUAGGGCUUGUUCCUCUGACCAGCGAUGAUAUUGUGGACAAGCUGCAGUACUCCAGGGACUGUACAUGUGAUGAAUUCUGCGCUGAAUGUUCGGUGGAGUUCACACUUGAUGUUCGGUGCCAAGAAGAUCAGACCCGUCAUGUUACGUCUCGCGACCUCAUCUCCAACAACCACAGAGUGAUUCCAGUUACAUCACGGAGCAGAGACAAUGAUCCCAAUGAUUAUGUGGAGCAGGAUGAUAUUCUCCUGGUGAAACUACGCAAGGGGCAAGAGCUGCGGCUUAGAGCUUACGCCAAGAAAGGGUUUGGGAAAGAACAUGCCAAGUGGAACCCCACUGCUGGAGUAGCAUUUGAAUAUGACCCUGAUAAUGCCCUAAGACACACAGUCUACCCCAAACCUGAGGAAUGGCCAAAAAGUGAAUAUUCAGAAAUUGAUGAAGAGGAGGCACAAGCUCCAUAUGAUCCAAAUGGAAAGCCUGAGAGGUUCUUUUAUAAUGUGGAGUCGUGUGGAUCUCUCCGGCCAGAGACCAUUGUCCUGUCUGCUCUGUCUGGGUUAAAAAGGAAGCUCAGUGAUCUACAGACACAGCUAAGCCAUGAGAUUCAGAAUGAUGUCCUCACUAUUAACUGACCCUCCCCCCCCCUCUCCUUUAUUUUGUAAUAAACUUUCUCUUGAA